AUGGUGGCAACAGCCAGCGACGAAAACCAUGACGAAUACUAUGAAGACGAAAUCGCACCACCGAUCCAGUCAAUAAUUUCAAAGUAUGGCCAGCCACCACUAGCUGCAGACUUUGUUUCAGAAUGUUACGAUGGGGAUCUCAAUAAUCUGCUUGAAGCCGCACAUGGAGAUCGGGAGGAGACUCGAACGUUGGUGAAGGAGAUCAAGGGUGUUGGGGAUCUUGGUGUGGAGUUAUUCUUUAAUAAUGUGCAGGGUGUUUGGCCGUCUAUUGCACCUUUUCUUGAUUCAAGGAGCUUGAACACGGCUGAUGAGAUUGGUAUUGGGAGAGAUUUGGAUGCUAUCUAUGGUGUUCUGGGGCAUGAGCCUGAAGAUAUGAGUUUGCUUGCAAAUGGACUGUCUCAGGUUCGUCUUGAGAAUAAGCGAGUUUAA